GGCCCAGAUACCAAAAAGACUUCGGCAUAUACCGGCUGUUCCAUACUGGAAAUACAUGCGGUCUGCUCUGUCAAGCGAAAGCGCCGAUGUUAGAACCCAGAAGAUUGUCCUUCCAGUAUUAGCCAGAUCGCCAAAUGGCGUGUACCUUCGUCCAUAUAGAGGGGGGUGGACCGUUUGCGUUGCUGGCCCAGCAGCUAUAAAAUCUUUGUUCAUUCGUAAAGGUACGUGCAUAUCGCAAAUCGAUUUUGCCAUAGGAGUCAAGAGUACUCAUUUAUCAGUUUACGAUCAGACGAUUUUCCGAAGCACGAAAGCUUUUCCCUGCAUAGCGAAUCGCUUCUCAACAAAUUUAUAGGCACGGAAAACAUCGUUGCG